AUGAUUGUCUUUUUUGCACUCGUAUGUGCUCUGGCUUUCACCAACUCGUCCAACGGACAGUUCAACUUCCCGGCAAUAGACGCUGGAAAUGACGAAACACUGGAGUUUCGCGAGCAUCAGGUCAUACCGCGUCGCACUAUGGAUGUAGAGGCAGCUGACAUUGAGUCGAAUCCAUACAUCUUCAGGGAGGCCCAACUGGACACGCCUGAAGAGGCUAGCUACCCCAUAACGCGGAAACUUAGUUUACAGGAACAGCCUAGCAACGUGAAUCCUCACGAAGAAGUUGACGAUUACGCUUCUAUUCUAGACAGCAUCAAAGAAGGAGUUGUGCUGGAGGCGCUCUUACCACUAGUUACCAUGGCUCCGUUGCUGGUGUCCGCUGGUCUCGAAGCCGAUGUGAGCUGGUCAGUCCCCGCCGCUCCUCAGGUGUCGUUCCCCAAGCUGGGACAAAAGCGGACCGUCUAUAUGUUGAAGUGCUUUGCAUGAACGCAGCCGAGUCAGGUACGUAUUUGCUUCUCUGACCGGGAUGACAAACCUGAGCUGUCACUAAGAUUCAGGAGUGCAUUACAGGGGGAUGGUCGGAGUCGUCUGCUGGAGGUCGAGACUGACAGAAAGCCUUCACAGCAGACGCUCAGAUACUCUCCUGCGACGUAAUUGGAAAGUGUUGUACAGCUCUGUGCGAAAUGCCUUUUUGAUUCGUGGAAUCCGCUACCAUAAACGAAAGACACAUGAGACUGGUGCCGCCACGAUGAUUUAUGCCUGUCCCUAUUUCUACGGGAUACACAAACAUUUUGAUGCGAAUUGAGUGAAGCCAACCCAGCGUUGUUUUGCUUCCGUAUCUCAUAUAGCUGCCAAAGUGACCGCUUGACGUGACCAGAAACUUUAUCGA